UAACAAGAUAACCCAAAAGAUGAGUAUAAUGUAACAAAUUACACCUAAAACAAUAAAAACAAGUAUCAUAAAUCAUAAUCCCCUCAAAGAUUUAGCCCAACAAGUACCAGCUGGGUGUAUCCUGUAGGUCCCCCCUUAAGUAUCCAGCUAAAAUCCCAACACACAUCCCUUUAUUGGGUCCACAUUUUUUUAUUCAACAAAUAAUAAACACAUUAAUAUUAAUAUUAAAAAAAAAAAAUUCUGAUUCUAUAUAUACCCACCUACAACUUUACUCCUUCCUACAUUCUCAUUUUCUCACAAUUCUCAUACACCCAACUUCUCCAUACAUUUUCUCAUCUUCGCCUCCAAAAUAUCAGAAAUGGCCCUUGUGAACAUGGCGAAAGCAGGAAAGCUAACUAAGCUACGGUCAGCAUUGAAAAAGAUGAACUCAUUUAGUAAGCUGCGACGCGAGAGCAGCGUAAACUCUACGCCCGCACCCUCCGAUGACUGCCACGUGUCAUCAACCAACAACAUUGGCAGUGGGCUUCACACAGUGUACGUUGGUAAGUCACUCCGACGUUACCACGUCACAUCUGAGGUGCUUGAUCAUCCGGUCAUUCACGAGCUUGUUGAUAGAUCGGACGGCUGUGAUGAAGAGACCAUAGUAAUUGGUUGUGAAGUCGUUUUAUUUGAACAUUUGUUAUGGAUGUUGCAAAAUAUUGACUCACAAUCUGAGUCUCUAGAAGAUUUGGUUGGCUUAUAUGCUUAUUAAUUUAUUUAUUUAUUUUUAUUUUUUUUAAUAUUUUUUUGAAAUUAAAAAAAAAAAUCCCAUUUAUUUGAAAAUGGGUUUUUUUGGGGUAAGUAGGGGUUUAGAAUGUAUAUUAUGCUUUAUUUAUUUGAUUAUAUUCUUGCUUAAAGCUUUAGGCUGGAUAGAAAAAUUAGAGAUUAAAAAGCUUUAGGCUGGAUAGAAAAAUUAGAAAAAGAAAAAUAAAAUAAGAAAAUCCAGAAGAAUUUUGGAUUUUUUUUAUUAUUAGAGUGAUUAAAGAUUUUUAUUAUUGUAUUGCUACCAUAUUGUAUGCAUUAUUAUUAAUGGUAUCCAAUAUUGAUUAAUUGGAGUAUUUUCAUAUCA